AUGGGAAAGGUCACCCCCCACCUCAGCUUCGUCCUCGCUCUUCUCUUAACAACCCUCGCCGCGAAAGGAGACGUUGCUGCUUUGGAGCCGCAACCGACCAACGACCAAUUCGUGCCGAUGGGCACGGUCGAGUACCGCCCCAUCCACAGUGUCAUCGGCGCGGGUGUUGAUGCUGCCAACCCCCCCUUCCGUCAAUGCGCGAAGUGCCAGUGCUGUCAAGGCAACAACAAGACGAACUGCCCGUCGAUGCAGUGCUGCUUCCGCAUCAAAUGCAACCUUCCCAACAAGCCCUUCGGCACCUGCGCCUUCGUGCCCGAGGCCUGCGACUGUAACUUAUGCAGUGGAUCCCUCUAG